CCCACGCAAGGCAAGGGGCGACGCGCCGCGCUCAAGAUGGCGGCGGCGGCGCCCGCUUGGAUGUCGCUGAGCUGGGACAUCCCGCCUCAAAACGGUCACGAUGUGUAUUUCUCGCGGGACCUUUAUGAGAAAUACUCUCUGGCUCCAACUCUCUCCGAACUAACGUCCUUAUCAAAGAGGCACUCGGAGAGCAAAGCUGCUCCGUCCCACUCGGGCCCCCAAAAGAAGAAGCAGCAGCAGCAGCCGCCUGGCCAAGAGACUGGAGUGAAAGCAGAGCCUUCUGUGGCCCCUCCCCAAGAGCCCCGGGUCCCCUACCCUUUCGUCUCCAGCCUCUCCGAGAAAGAGCAAAGGAGAUACUUGUUUCUUUUGUCUGAAUAUGUAAAUGCCGACCCAAAGCUCUUACCCUGGUCUCAGCAAAGGGAUUACACUCAGUAUCUGCAAAUGAAAGAAUUUGUGAGCAAAGAAGUUGCGGAAUUCUUGAAAUUCGCCCGCAAUGCUGCCAGAAGCUGCGCCAAGGAUUACAGUGACAUCUCUGAAGGCGCCUUGCUGUACACCAAGGAUUUCCUGAGUGCUUGUAUGGGCUGCGUGAAGAAUUACCCUGAAUGGUAUUCUCUCCACCAAGUUACCAGCCUCAUGGGCGGACGAUUCAGUAGAGAGCUGACGCUGAAGUUUGAAAAAGGUCUCCUUGCCUUGGGAACGGUGCACCUUGUUAAGCGAUUCUUCCCCAGGCUGCCAACAUCAAUUAAUUUACCUGCGGAUAAAGCUAAGCAUGAGCGACUCUGUGGGACUCCCGAGGACCGGGCUGCCCAGCUGCACAAUGACAUUAGCACCGAUCUAAAUGCUGAGCAACUGGCUGCCAAAUACUGUCCCCAGGUGAUUCUGACGGGUGAAUCUUUAUAUACUCUGUUGAACAAUCACGGUCUGGAUUAUAAGCAGCAGUGGGAACUUCCUGUGUCGGUGAAAACAGUUUCUGUUACUGGCCUGAAACCAGUCAAAGUGGCCUACAUCGACCCUCCUCUGCCGAAGAAGGAGAUGACGGUGAGGGAGAAAAACCAGCUUUUUCACGAAUUCCUGGCAGAUUUCCACACGACAAAGCAGUCCAGUAUUGUCGCCCGGGCUGUGAUACUAGACAAGCCGCCAGAAGUGCUGCCGGGAACGGAGCUUAAAACCUGCCAAGGCAGACCCUUGCAGGAAUCCGUCUCUGCAGAUCUGGACUUCGAUACGGACGUCACCCAGCUGGAGAGCUUUGCCUCGGCCGCAAAGCCUCUGAGCGCUUCUCCAGCUGGGGUCUCUCCUGCAAAGCUGCCCGGGUGGCCUGAGGUCUUCUCGGAGUGCGUGAAAACGGAAAAGGGGCGAGAAGGGGGGAGCAGUCGAGCAAAAGACCAGGAAACAGGCUUCAGCAGCGGGAGGACGUCGCCCCCGGGAAAGGACCCCCCGGAUUUGGAUAGUGAGGGAAACUCACCGGGUGAAGCUUUCGAGCCGAUGGAGGCGGACCCAGAGGGCGGAAGCCUCACGUUGGCCAAAGAAAGAAAUCUGGACGGCAGCACCUCCAUCGCUUCUGCCGAUAAAAGUUGUACUAUCAGGGAAGGGGCAGCCGAAGACGUCCGAUCCCCUGCCCUGUCCUGUAGCAGCGACACGGAUGGGGAACAUCUGGUCAUUGACACAGAACGUGAGCCUGGCCAGGCGUCUGAACCGGGCGCGCUCCCUUCCCACCCCAGCCCUGGGGCCUCUGCCCCUCCUUCCCCCAGCCCUGCACAGGCCCCCUUGGAAGAAGCAGCCGAGUCUUCGGAGACCCAUCCAAAGGCUUCUCCCUGCAGGCUUCACCCACGGUUAUCCCAGGAAACCGAUCCCCUGGGCCAGAUUUUGAAAAUGCAGACGAAGCUACUGAAGCCCCCUUCCCCAAACUCUCAGGGGCCCCUGCCGGUAACCAGUGAAGCGAGUUUGAAUCCUACCCACGGCCAGGCAGAUGCUCCUUCUCGUCCUUCGGCCUCUCCAGCUGUGGAGCCAGGGCAAAAUACUGCAGCAAACACAGGCACCUCCUCCAAGUUCACCUGGGCAACCUGUUACCAGGGGCCUCAGAAAGGGAUGCUGUGGGACGCAGUGGAAGAGGCGGCCGACUACCAGCCUCCCCAACACGGAAACCUGGUCUAUAAGUUGUACAGCUUGGAUGACAUGUUGUUGUUGGUACGGACCACCAUCCAGAAAGUUGAGCUGAGACCCCAUCAGAAAAAGGCGAAGUUCAGGAGGCACUUCCCUGUUUACGUGCUGCCGAAGUUAGAAUACCAGCCCUUCUACGGCGUAGAAACGUUGACCGAAGACGAAAUCUGCCGGCUCUGGAUGGAAAGUUUGCUACACUCCAAUACUUCCUUCACUCUGGGUCACAUCGAUGCCCUGACUUCCCAACUCUUCCUGCUGGAGCGACUGACGGGAAAGACCUUAAGAAGACGAUUUGGCACAUUUAAUCCAACCAAUUCGUUGCAUAUUCUCCAAAACAUCUUGAAGAAAGUGGCUGGUUUGCAGGAGGGCUCCUUCCUCUUGACUCACCUGGCGGGAGACUCCUCGGUGUCCAUCUACAAGAGCUCGGAUGGAAUUGCCACGCGGGCAAUGUACAACCUGCACGCCGCUCACGCCGACCUGCCCCCCGCCCCGGCUGCCCUCUCUGUCCCCUGGGUGCCCCUCGACCCCAACAUCCCCCUGCAGCAUCACUUUGCCCAAGGCCGUGUCCCCUGCACCUUCCCACCCGUGGCAGACGGGGGCGCCAGGACCACGAAGAUGAGCAGGAAAGCCAAAGCUUUCCCCGGCACGCCCAGCCACCGAGGCCCAAUCCCCACGGAAUCCCUGCAGGCCGAGCCCCCGAGGAAGAAGCGUGGGGCUGCGCAGACCAAGGGCUCCCGGACGGCCAAUCAAGGCCCAGACCGGAAAUUCUGGAAAAAAGCCCGUCCCAACCAAGGGCCCCCGGCUUAAUGGCGAGCAGGAGCAGCCGUCUUCCUCCGCAAAAGGGCUUCUGUGAAUGAAGAAGGUGGUGGACAAUCCCAUCAGGCCGGGCAGGGUCGCCCUAAAACCUUUCCCCGGAUUCGGCACUCGAGAGGCGCAUCGGAGGGUUUUCUCCUGCCUUGAGAACGCCCGGAGCGACACGGGAAGGAAGGCAGCCAACUCUGCACGAUCCCAACCGCUUGUAUUUCGCCGUUUGUUCCCCGUAACGUUACUGGGUGAAAAGCAAGCCCUGCGGGAGCUUUCUCUUAAAAUGGGCAGUUGCAUUGAAGGAGUUCUGCUCCUUUUUGGGCAGCUGGAGCGGAGAUCUUGGUUUGAAUCUCCCUGCCCUUUUCUGCAGGAAUGUUAGGAAAACAGUUGUGGCCGCAACCACGAACUGCUUUUAAGUUUAGAUUUUGUUUUUAGAGGUCCCUGAUGUUUUUUAAGGGUCUGCUAAGACUCAUCAUCCCUUGGUCCUCGGACACCUCACGCCAUCAUCCAAAGCGCAAAUGCGUUUAGAUAUUUUGAGAGUUUAAAACAGGAGUGCCCAACCUUAGAAACUUUCAGACCUUCGAUUUAUUUUUAUUUAUUUCCUUUUAAAGAGGGUCAAAGUGAGUGCCGGGCUGGGUUUGAGCUUUUCAAAAUACAGUUAAAAUCCCCCAGUUGUUGAUUUCUAAUUUCUUUCGUUGUUUUUUUUUUGGAUGUGUAUGAAACGCAAAUUUGAAUUUUGCUUGGGAUUUUUGCCCAGCUUGGCGCUGUUUUGUACGCCAAGCUAAUUAACCUUGGAGCCCGUGGUUGCAUGGCCGCAGUGGUGCAGUGCUCCUGCCCAAGGCGAGACCAGGGUGAAGUGGGCAGGGCAGCCUUGAUGUCAUGGCACAGAAAUGUUUACUGCCAAAGCGGCGCCAUGUUGUUGCAAAAUUUACACCCGCUGUCUGAGGCAUCAUCCCUCCCGUCCCACAUUCCAGGCGCUAAAGCAGUGUUUCUCAACCUUGGCAACUUUAAGUCCUGUGGACCUCAACUCC